AUGAGCAGCAAUCAACAAUCCUCGUCUACGGAGGCGGCCCCUUCGUCAGCCACCAAUGCCGUCCUCGUCGCCUCGGAGCCCGUGCCUGAGGGGUCGCAUGAGGUUCGUGGUGUCGACUUCGAUCGCUUUGCCGGACGCGAUAUCACGGUGGCUGAGAUGGUCGACAACAUGGUCCACAUGGGUUUCCAGGGUAGUGCCGUUGCAGAGGCGACCCGCAUCGUCAAUGAGAUGCGAGCAUACCGCCAUCCAGAAACGGGAGAAAAGACGACAAUCUUCCUCGGCUACACCUCGAACCUGAUCUCGUCCGGUCUACGCGACACCAUCCGCUAUCUCGUCCGUCAUAAGCAUGUCUCCGCCAUCGUCACCACCGCGGGCGGCGUCGAGGAGGAUCUGAUCAAGUGUCUGGCCCCGACCUACAUGGGCAGCUUCACAACCCCCGGUGCUGGACUCCGUGCGAAGGGCCUCAACCGGAUCGGCAAUCUCGUGGUCCCCAACAGCAACUACUGCGCCUUCGAAGACUGGUUGAUCCCCAUCCUGGACAAGAUGCUGGAGGAGCAGGAGGCGGCGAAGAAGAAGGCGCUCGAGACGGGCGACGAGGAGGACGAACUGCACUGGACGCCGAGCCGGAUCACCGAGCGACUGGGCCGCGAGAUCAACCACGAGGACUCGGUGCUCUACUGGGCGGCCCGCAACAACAUCCCCAUCUUCUGCCCGGCGCUCACGGAUGGAUCGCUCGGCGACAUGCUCUACUUCCACACCUAUCGGUCCUCUCCGCAGCGGCUCCGCGUGGACAUUGUCGACGACGUCCGGCGGAUCAACACGAUGGCGGUGCGGGCGGCCCGCGCGGGCAUGAUCAUUCUGGGCGGCGGGGUGGUCAAGCACCACAUUGCCAAUGCCUGUUUGAUGCGCAAUGGCGCCGAGCACGCCGUGUACAUCAACACGGCGCAAGAAUUCGACGGCAGCGACGCGGGCGCGCGACCGGAUGAAGCUGUCAGCUGGGGGAAGAUCAAGGCCGACGCCCAGGCGGUCAAGGUCUACGCGGAAGCGACCGUGGCGUUCCCGCUCAUUGUGGCCGCCUCCUUUGCGCGAGCCACUCCCAUUCCAUCCGAGUCCCACCAUACUACCAAUUGA